AUGGCACGAGCGAAGAAGGAAGCUCGUCGAAAGAUCCCUCUAACAUCAUUCACCCUGCUCACAGUCCCAGAGGGAUCCAUGCUUUCGGAAUAUCUCAAAGACAUGGACACUAUCGACAUCAGGCUACUGGAGAAAGAUUUCAGCUCUCACACCACUGAUUCCAGGAGUAGGCCGGUAUCCCAUCUGAGCAAGACUCCCAGCAGAGACCAACUUUCAACCAACCACGGCGCCAAAGAUGUCCAGGCCAGCGAUUUCCAACUUGAGCUCGAGCUAGACAAGUACAUGGCCGCUAUCACAGCGACAGAAUCACCCAAUGCCGUCGUCCGGACGAUCGCAGCUUCGAAGUCGUUUUGA